AUGAAUUCGGAGAAGUACCAUAUGGACCCUACCGUCCGAAACCUUUGGCAGCUCGAAGAUCUUGCUAAAGAACACGCAGUUCCUGAGGUAGUCCAGAAACAAAUCAAACGAUGUCUUCAUAGCUUCCUGGCCCGAGAUGAGUACUGUGAGAAUAUGUCUUCUCCAGCCAGCCAGGGUGUUCGUUACAUAAUGGAGCAGACGUCUUGUCACCCAUGGAGCAAGCUCAGCAAAGAGGGGACGAUCCCCUUCAUGCAUCCAAUGAUGGUUUCGGGAAAACUAGAAGGAAAUUUCCUCAAAACUUUAGUGAGUAUGAGUAACAGUAAGAAAGUAUUAGAAGUGGGACUAUUUACCGGAUGUGGCGCUUUAACCAUUGCGGAGGCUCUUCCUGUGGAUGGCACUGUAGUUUCAUGUGAAAUUCUGCCAUAUAUACAAGAUCUCGCUCGAAGUUAUUUAGACCAAUCACCGCAUGGAAAGAAAGUGAUUAUCAGGGGAGGACCAGCUCUGGAGACAAUGAGGAAAUUAGCAAGAGACGGAGAACAAUUUGAUAUUAUAUUUCUUGACGCCAACAAAGAUGAUUACUUAAGUUACUUUAAGAUUAUAAUGGAUAACAACAUGUUGUCUCCACGAGGAACAAUUCUGAUAGACAAUGCGCUUUUUCAAGGGUCCCCUUACCUCAGGGACGAAAUGAAAUUUGGUCAAACCACACAUGAAUUCAAUGAGUUCAUUUCAAAGAACCAAGAUCUUUAUCAGGUGUUGGUUCCUAUUCGAGAUGGACUGCUGAUGAUACGACGCAAUGAGGACGUAGAGGGAGCCAUAUAG